AUGUCGGUCGGAAAAAGACAGCCCGAAGCUCUCCGUCGGGUCAUCACAACUCAUGAUCCUACAAGUGGCCAAGCUAUCUUUAGCAACGCGGUUAAGGAACAGGUAUCAUUUACUGGGUUCCCAGUUCCCCCUGGCAAACCCACAACGUCAGACUAUGCUCUGGCCUAUAAUACAAGUACUUUUCCCGUGAAAGGGCUUUCCCCUCCAAGUUCUGCAACACCAGAGCCAAAGGCCAAUCUCGACAUCAAGCACUAUCACUCCCAGCUCUCGGAUCCAUCGCCUUUGAAUCCGCCAAACGGCACCUCCUGCACAAUCAUCGAGGUUCCUGCGGGUUCAGCUGUCCCGAUGCACCGAACAGCGACCCUCGAUUAUGGUGUCGUAAUUGAUGGCACUACAGAACUAGUCCUUGAUUCUGGUGAGAAAACAGUACUAAAAAAGGGUGAUGUAUUUGUUCAACGAGGUACAGCUCAUGCUUGGCGGAAUAUUACUGAAAAGAAAGACAAUUCUGGUGUUUUACGUGUCUUCUUCGUGUUUCAACCCAUCGAACAGGUAAAACUGGAAGGCGGAAAAGUCAUCGGCCAGGACUUGAAUCUGUCUCUGCAUGAGGCUUGA